AUGUUGAUGUUGCUUCAGUUGAAUCUCACGGCGGCGCGAAUCAUUUAUUGCCUUGGCCUGUUUAAAGACAGCAAAUAUGGCAAGAAAGUCCUAGACUCCGUCAACCACAUCAAUGGAGGCAGGGAGGAAGUUAUAAAACAGGCUCACGACCUUGUUAACGAAUGUAACAGACGAGGAACAAAUGUGGACCUACCGGAAAGGUGGUACAUAAAUGCCCUCGAAAAGAGAGAUAUUGAGCAAGUCCGGAGUUUUUUCGAACAUGUUAAAAUGUAUGGUGAGGGCAUGGCCGCUGGCGCAGCGUUAGUUGGAGUUGUCGCUAAGUUCGGUCAAAUCACCGUCCGGCAAAGCGUGGGGCCACUUGGUUGUGUGCUGGUUUUGAAAGAUAUCGGCGAACUUAUAGUGAAUUGGAUAACCGAUCCUGCAUUGGUGAACCAAGUCGACGACAUCUUACGCGACCUCCAGUAA